AAACCCGAAUCAAGGUGAGGAUCCGCCGGCGCUGCCAAUCGUCCCUGCCCGGACCGCGGCAGGAAGGUAGUCACGUACGUAGCUCGCCGCGGGCAGUACGCAGGCGAACGUUUCUACAAGUGCCGUAAUUACAAUCCAUCGGCUGGUGGAUGUGAUUUCUACAGGUGGCAAGAAGCCUACGCCGACCACCUCGCCUGAGAUCCACAGGCGCAAAUCCAGGCGGCGCAGGCAAGUUAGUCAAGGGGGUCAAGGUCUGCAGGCGCCGCUCGGGUCGGAGGAGCAGCAGAACGUGGUGCCUGGGGGAUCCCAGUUCGCUUCGUCCGCGAGCGGAGCUGCAGGAUACAUGGUCGCGGCGCCUCCAAUGGCGGGUCGGCAGGGAAGCACGGCAUGGAUGCUCAGUCCAUAAAUCUGGUGAUGUCAGUGGCUAAGUCUGUUCAUAUCCAACUUGCAAAUGCAGUUCAUGACAUCACCGCAUGCGAGAAGUCUUUUGUCCCUGUGAUACUAGAUCAUGGGUGGGCUGCAUACAUGUGGGACAUGCUGAGGAAGGAAAUUCAUGUCCUGGAUCCAUUGUGUGCACAAGUUGCUGGAGCUGAGCAACGUCAUAUGACCCAUCAGGAGGCUGUUUCACAGAUUCACACAGCAUUAUUCAGUUGUCUUAAUGAGUUCUUCACGAAAUGGCGUUGUUCAGCUGAGAAGUGGAAGCGCAAGUUCCCCAGAAUAACACAUGAUGUUUUCACAAGGGAUGAGUCUGGAGUGUGUAUGCUUCAUGCAAUCCGGCAGUACGACGGGAACAAGAUGAUGUGACCGCUGACAAGGUUAUGCAGAAAAAUCUGUCCACUUUUAGGAAAACAGUUGUUUCCGAGGUUUUUCGACAGCGCGAUGAGCACGGGAAUUGCGUGGCUGAUGAUGUGUUGCGGACUGCCCUCGAAGAAUCGGAGGACUGAAUGUUCAGU